CUGAGGAACGCAAUGCAUCAUGCUCGAUAAUAUGCACAAGUUCUUCUGCCCUAAACAUACGUAUGAGUAAACAAGCUCUUCCAUUCAUUCCUGAAUUGUGUAAGGUACUGUAGGUAGGUAUCGCAAAAAGAUUCCGCCUUUUCACGUGAUGUUGAAUUACACCGCCCGGGCUUCCCUUCCGGCGUCAGAAAAUUGUCCACACCACCGCCCAGAACCACCCAUAUCGGUGACAGGCAUAUCAAUCAAAUCUCUACUGCACUCUCCCUUUCUCCUCUCAGACCAGCCUCGCAGGAAAACAUGCAACCACCAACCACAAUCCCCCGCUUCCUCCUCCCCCGAGGCAUCCCUCCCAUCCGAAUCCUCCAAGCCCUCACUGCCACCAGCAGACUCACAACAACAACAACAACAACAACGUCCCCCCACCGCUGCGCAUCCAGCAAAUCCUCUUCCAAGAAGGAAAAACCCAUUGUUCUCCCCCAGCCCGACAAGUUCCGUCCGCCAUCGCACCCGCAGCGUCGCGUCGUCCGCACCAGCAAUGGCCGACUCAUGACCCCCGACCCGGUCCACUACGGGCCCCGCCUGACGGAGCAGGAGAAAGAGGCACAGCGCAAGAAGCAGUACCCGAAUAUGUUCCCUCCGGAAGGGACAGUCGCGCACAAGUUCCUCACGUCACGGGGGAUUCAUGUCUGGAUUGCUAUGGGCGUCCUCACGUCAUUGGCGACUUUCACAUUCACGACGAACUUCAAGCGGACUUCGCCGUUCGCCCAUAUGCUGCCUUCUUGGUCGGAUCUGUUGUCGCAUCCGUUCAGUACCGUGCGGCAGGCGCUGGCGGUGUUCCGGAUGCAUGUCGAGCAUUCGUCGCGGCAGACUCGUGAGAAGCGGAGACAGCGCGUCGAUGAUGCGGAGAAGAGGCGGCAGUAUCGGAUUGCGCAUGGGUUGGAGGAGGCGCCGGAGGAGGAGGGCGCUGCUGCUGCUGCUACCACCGGAAUUGCUGGAGAGGCGGUGGAUGAUCAGUCGCCUGUUGCUCGUGACCUUGCGGGUGAUGAGGUGCAGGGAACGUAUGUUGAUUGGGAUGGGCAGAAGAGGCCCGUGAAGAAGUGGUUGGGUAUUUGGUAGAUUGUUGUAUGAUAGGUAGGGUCCAGUGGCACGGAGUGUCUGGACGCGGAGAUAGUGCUUUACGAGGUUUGUAAGAUGAUGAUGGAUGGGUGGUUCGAGAAUAUCUCUUUGAUAUGUUGGGUCUAUGUACAAUACUAGUAGUAGCUUUCUAUUCUCUUCGGUGGUUGGUCAUGAUGGGUCGUCUAGUUGCACGCUGUCCACCGGAGCUAGACACCACCACACGGGUUACUAAGGGGCUCAGGAUCAUGCUCCUCUUGUCAGGUCGACAUGCGCCUAUCUCAUGUGAAUAGCCGCAUGAUGUCCAUCAUCAAGGGUGAUUGUACAGCCAUUCAAUCCGACCGACAUCCACUGCCCCCAGGCA